AUGGCGUCACGCCAAACAAAACGGGAUUUUUUGCGAAGUGGUAACACUGGAAUGUUUGUUGCAUUGGCAUAUGUUGUUCUUCUUUCCACUGUCCUCUUCUAAACCUUUUCCCUAAAAAUUUUCCCUUUUCUGCACCCCUCUUUCUCUCUCUUGGUCAUCACUCAUUCAGAAAAAUAAUGAAUAUAAUUGCGGGAGCUUUCAAGCCUCCAUGCAAGAUCUCAAUCUCCUUAACCGAUGGAAGUACACGCAAACAGGUACGCAUAAAGAAGGAAAAUGGCCAAAUGGUCACAGUUCCUCUCUUUCAAUGUCAUGACAAUAUAGUUGGGCAGGUUAUCAUUGAACCUUCAAACGGCAAGAGAGUUGAACAUAAUGGUGUAAAAAUAGAGCUUCUUGGUCAAAUAGAAUUGUAUUUUGAUAGAGGCAACUUCUAUGACUUUACUUCUCUUGUACGCGAACUUGAUGUUCCUGGCAAUUUGUAUGAAAGGAAAACAUAUUCAUUCGAAUUCUCCACUGUUCAAAUGCCAUAUGAAUCUUACAGUGGAAUCAAUGUUAGGCUUAGGUACAUAUUGAAAGUGACAAUUAGUAGAAAUUAUGUCAACAACAUUGUGGAAUACAUGGAUUUUGUGGUACGCAAUUACUCUGUACCUCCACCAAUUAAUAACAGCAUUAAGAUGGAAGUAGGAAUUGAAGAAUGCUUACACAUAGAGUUUGAAUACGGAAAAAGCAAGUAUCAUCUGAAGGAUGUGAUUGUUGGUAAAAUAUAUUUUCUUCUGGUGAGAAUCAAAAUAAAAACUAUGGAACUCGAGGUGAGGCGCCGAGAAUCAACUGGAUCAGGGACCAAUACAUAUGUUGAGACAGAGACCCUUUCAAAGUUUGAGUUGAUGGAUGGUGUUCCAGUUCGAGGAGAAUCAAUUCCUGUGAGAUUGUUCCUUGGUCCAUAUGAAUUGACCCCCACAUACCACAACAUCAACAACAAGUUCAGUGUGAAGUACUUUCUAAAUCUUGUUCUUGUAGAUGAAGAGGACAGACGCUACUUCAAGCAACAAGAAAUCACAGUAUACCGGUUAGGUGAAAACUCCUAAGCUUAUGCUAGGUUACGAGGAAUUGGUCUGUUUUUGUCACCGUUUGAGAGUGGAAAGUUUUCUGAUAAUUUUAUUGUAGUUAAUUAAUUAAAAAUGGGUCAGAGUAUUAUUAUAUUU